UUCUGACUGUUUCCACCCUUGGCCUCUGUCUCUGUUGUCUCCAUCCCUUCCUUUUUGGGCUUCAACUGUACCAGAUGUCAGUUCUGCCCACAGCCAGGCCAGGGUUAACAGGGAGGGAGAUCUCAUUUCAUUUCCUGCCUCCACCCUCCAAUUAAAAUUAGUCCUUUUGCAUCUCAUUUCUACUUCCUUCAGGUGUGUGUCUCAGUCCCCAGAUCAGUGAUCUCCAGGCCUGGAGCCUUCUAGGGGAGUCGGACCCCGACCCGGACCCGAGAGCCUUCCCAGUCACAGGUCUGAACUUGACCCUUCACACCAAGUACCAUGGCCCUGGCCCUGACCAGCAACCCACAGGAGGCAUUGCUUUUGGCCUUGAGUGAACUUGAUGAAAAUGACUUGAAGACAUUAAAAUUCCACUUACGGGACAGAUCCCUGCUUGGGGGCCAGGGGCUGGCCCGAGGGGAGCUGGAGGGCCUGAGUCGGGUGGACCUGGCUUCUCGGCUGGUUUUGAGGUACGGAGCGCAGGAGGCUGUGAAAGUGGUGUGCAAGGUGCUGCAGGUCAUGAACCUGUUAGAACUCGUGGACCAGCUCAGCCACAUCUGUCUAAAUGAUUACAGAGAAACAUACCGAGAGUACGUACGCUGCCUGGAGGAGAGACAAGAAGAGGGAGUCAGCCGCACCUACAACCAGCUGCUCCUGGUGGCCACUGCCAGCCCGGGAAGCCCUGAGCCUGAGCAGGAGCAGGGCUCUGUCACAGUGGAGGCUCUGUUUGAUCCGAAGGAGAUGCCGACUCCAGGCCCGGCCACAGUGGUGCUGCAGGGAUCCGCUGGCACAGGCAAGACAACACUGGCAAGAAAAAUGGUGCUGGACUGGGCCACUGGCGAGCUGUACAAAGACCGGUUUGAUUAUGUCUUUUACGUGAGCUGCAGAGAAGUGGUCCUGCUGCCGGAGGGCACGCUGGACCAGCUCCUCCUCUGGUGCUGCGGGGACAGUAAGGCGCCCGUCACCGAGAUCCGGAGGCAGCCCGAGCGGCUCCUGUUCAUCCUGGACGGCUACGACGAGCUGCAAAGGCCCUUUGCCAAGAGGCUGAGGAGGCCGGGGCCCAGCCCCGCGCAGGACACGCUGCGCCGGCUCAUCCGGAGAGAGGUACUGCCCACGUGCUCCCUGCUCAUCACCACGCGGCCCCUGGCUCUGCGGAACCUGAAGUCCUUGCUCAGACAACCGCGCCAUGUCCACGUCCAAGGCUUCUCUGAGGAAUCGAGGGAGAAGUAUGUCCAGUCCUAUUUCACAGAUGGGGAGCAAGCCCAGAAGGCCUUUGACUUCAUACGUGGAAAUGACGUUCUCUACCAAGCAUGUCUGGUUCCAGGCAUCUGCUGGGUGGUCUGCUCCUGGCUGAAGGGGCAGAUGGAGAGAGGCGGGGAGGUCUCGGAGACUCCCAGUAGUGGCACCGACAUCUUCAUGGCCUACGUCUCCACCUUCCUGCCGCCCAGUGACAACGAGGAUCCCUCUGAGCUCACCCGAGACAGGGUCCUGAGGGGUCUGUGCUCCUUGGCAGCCGAGGGGAUCCAGCACCAGAGGUUCCUGUUUGAAGAAGCUGACCUCAGGAAGCACAGCUUAGAUGGGCCCAGCCUGGCUGCUUUCCUGAGCAGCCAGGAUUACCAAGAGGGGCUUGACAUCAAGAAGUUCUACAGCUUCCGCCACAUCAGCUUCCAGGAGUUUUUUCACGCCAUGUCCUACCUGGUGAGAGAGGACCAGAGCCAGCUGGGGGAAGAGUCCCUCAGGGAGGUGAACAGGCUGCUGGGUGACAGGGAGCAGGCGGCGGGGGAGGAGAUGACCCUCAGCAUGCAGUUUCUAUUGGACAUAUCGAAAAAAGAGAGCUCCUCCAACUUGGAGCUCACGUUCUGCUUCAAAAUCUCCCCCUCGAUAAAGCAGGAUCUGAAGAAUUUCAAAGAGCAGAUGAGCUCUCUAAAGCAUAGCAGGACCUGGGAGUGGGACUUCUUCCUGAAUGAGGCUAAAAUGAAGAGUCUGGCUAACUGUGUUCAGAUGAGCAAUGUGGCGUUUACGAUGGAACAUUCAAAUGAAAAGAAAUCCCACAGCAAGAGCUCAUUUUCUGUCAAAACCAGCUUGAGUGAUGCCAAGAAAGGGGAGCGAAAAUGUCUAGUUGUGAACGAAGGGAAUGUAGCAGGGACACAGAAGCAGGCUGCUAAUGGGAAAAGCAGAGGGAAGAGGAACUAGAGACCAGGAUGGUAGAGGUAGGAGUAGGACAGGAAGCACACAAAUGGAGACACUAGAGCUGAUGGUGGGGUGGAGAGACAGAGGGAGAGGGAAGACCGUAGACAGGAAUGGAGAGAUGUGAGAUUGAGUUAAUGGGCACAAGGAGUGGAAGGACAGAAUAACAAAUAGAAAAGAGAAAUAGAUAGAGGGUCAAGAGAUUUGGAACAUAGGACGUGGGGAGAGCCAUGUGGAAUGAGUCCCUAGGAACAACCACGUGUCAACAGUGGCUCAGGGUUAGUUGUUUAGCACCACCCACCCCCAAGGCUGUUUGUAAAUUCCCCAAAUGUAAUCUUAUGAGGGUCUGACAUUUGACUCUUUCCUAUAAAAAUAAAUUCCUUAAUAUAAUAAAAUGUGGAUUGUGCUCACUCUAUAAGAUAAUGUGAAGCAUAUCAAUGUCAGCAUUUAAAGGAAAUGUACUGUGAUAUAAUGCAAUGUCCCUUUGACUCUGUAUUUGUGAUCAAUUGCUGCUUAAAUAAAUAGUAUCUUUCCAUCUUUCUAGAAGCUUCUAGAAUUUCCAUGCUGGAAAUGAGCUAUGGCUUGUCACA